AUGUACAGCUCAAGGAUAUCCUCUCCAAAUACUCCGGUUCAAGUUCCUGAGAAUGGGACCGUGGUAGGGCAGCUAUACCAGGUGAUCAAAGAUUUUAAUGCUCGUCUGGGCGAUGAGCUGACACUGACAAGAGGAGAACAAGUUGAGGUUAUCAGCGACGAUUCGGAAUAUAACGAUGGUUGGUAUCUCGGUAAAAACCUCUCCACUGGCCAGGUGGGUCUAUACCCAAAAGACUUCACCAAGAUAAUUCAGAAUGAUAGUCACAGACCUUCGCUAUUGAGGUCCAGAUCUCGUAAGAUGCAAAGUAGCAAUAAUUCAUCCUUUACAAGUACCCCCAAUUUUCAACCCUUCCCAAAAUUUCCCAAGGCUUCUGGUACUCCAAACUCAGGUGGCAAUAGUGUGAGCCAGGAGUUAGACUCAGUCUCAGAGUUACAGAAUAUGUCUCAAGGCAGCGAAGAUUAUACUUCCACUACGGUAAAUGGAUCCGGCCUGGAGCAACGCCAAUCUUCCGUCAAGAAAACUAUGAAUGACAUUGAUCGGGCGCUUGAAGAAUUGACCGCCGAAAAGGCUUCAACCCCAAAGUUCUCCUCAUCACCACUCAACAAUAAGUUGAAUCCGCUGGAUGUCGAGCAGUGGACACCGGAAGACGUCACUACCUACUUUUCCUCUCUGAAUUUUGAUGUGCAGAGUGCAGGUCAGUUUGCAAGACAUAAAAUCAAUGGGUCAAUUCUUCUUCAACUAGAGCUUAGCUAUUUGAAGGAAUUGGAUAUUCAAUCAUUCGGAACCCGUUUUGAAAUUUUUAAAGAAAUCGAAGAGCUUCGUCGAUUACAGAAAAACUCCAGAAAUAUUAGAACACCACAACCCGAGACUCCCAGGCAUGAUCAAAAUUCCCACCCAUUUACCCCUUACCAUGAGCGAAAGCGUUCCCAAUCAAUGGAUCAAGCAUUUGCUACCCCCAACUAUCCAUUGAAAUCUGUUAGCAUUGCCCCGCCUCCUAUAUCCCCACCAAAACUCCCGCAUUCCGCUGAAUCAUCUACUCCAGAAAGCCCUGGUGGUGACUUUACGAGCCCCAGAAGAGCUCCUGAACCCCCAAUUGAACCACCACAAGUUGCGUAUCGUUCAUAUCAGUUUGGGGCCAACCCUGCGACUCCUAAUAAUACCCAAACACCUCCACUUCUUCCUCAUCAAAGAAAGUUUAGUCAUUCCAGAGCUGCUUCAUCAUUAUAUACAUUUGAAACCAACCAUCAGAGAAACGUUUCUUCUGUUUCUCAACGAUCCCAACUGCAAACUCCUGGGAGUAGAGUACAUUCAAGAAACCCAUCAGAGUCUCAGAGACGAAAAUCCAGCGUGGAUGUCAAAGAUAAAGCUCAUAGACGUUAUUCUUCUGUGUUUUCUUUUAUGUCCAACAAUGCUUCCACUCCUCAUUUGAAUCCAGAUAAUGAGCCAGUUUCUAAAAGAAGCUCUCUAAUUAAUGCACUGACAAGCCCUUCAAAAAUAUCUCUUCUCAGGUAUAAAGAGGCUAAGGGAAAGAAAAAUGGUGCAGACGAUUUAACAACAUUUUCGGAUGCAAACGAUGACUCGAACUCGGCAGACACAUCCGUAUUGGAAUUGAAAUCACCUAAAAUCAAUCGAAGAUCAGUAUCUGCCAAAGAAAGCUCUAACAAUAGUGCAUCGAUUACUUCUGAUUUAGAAAAAGAAUCCACGAAGAGAACUGUUUCUGAUGUAAGACCAAAACCACUAACCAAAACUCUAACUUAUCGAAAAAAGAGUCAAACUUCUGCCUUUCAGGAAGGAAUAAGGAUGGUCACCCCUCAGGAGGCAUCAAAGACGGCCGACUUUUCAGGUUGGAUGAGCAAAAAAGGUAGUCUUGGUCAAUGGAAGCAUAGAUACUUUACUCUCCACCACACUAGACUUUCUUACUUCAGCUCUCUGAAAGAUACGCAAGAGAAGGGACUAAUUGACAUCACUUCUCACAAGGUUUUGCCCAGCAAAGAAACGGAUGACAGUUUCAGUGCACUGUAUGCUGCCACAACCGGUAAAGGAAACUAUUUUUUCAAACUUGUUCCACCAGCACCUGGAUCCAGGAAAGGGUUGACAUUUACCCAACAGAAAAUUCAUUAUUUUGCCUUAGAAACUCGUGAUGAAUUAAGAAAAUGGAUGGCUGCUUUGAUGAAGGCAACAAUUGAACUGGAUGAAAGUAUUCCUGUUAUUAGUUCUUGUGCUACGCCAACUGUUUCUUUGGAUAAGGCCCAGGAAAUUUUGGCUCGAAACAGAGAGUAUGCCAUGUUGAAAGAUAUGGAACUAGAGAAAGAAGGCAAGGCCUUGGACGAACGUGAAGGUACACCAAACUCCAAAGCACAAGAUAAAGCUGGUGAAAACUCUUCUCUCAAAACUGAUGAUAAUUUGGAUGAUUUUGGAUUCAUUACGCUGUCUCCAGUUGACCCUUCGCUUGGUUCUUUGACAGUUGAUGACAGUGCCAAAGGAUUGAACGAUUCCAAAGAAGCUUUGAGGAACAGUGGACCAGAUGUUGACUCAGUUAAUACAUCUACUGAAUCUCCUUUGAUUACAAAGCCAAAAAUGCGGAUUUCGACUACUUCUCCUAUGGCAACUGGUGCCCUGAUUUCUCCAAAGUCAGUCCAAGGAUCUUUUGAUUCUGAUGUUUCGUCACCCAGGACUCACUCAUUACGACAGAACGGAAGGGCAACGCCCACAGUGACUAUGCUGGAACCUCCUGUGAUUCCAGGUCUGGAUAAGAAAGAAAAAAAUGGAUCUGGAAUGCUUUCAGGAGUCAGAAGGGUUGUAUCGAAUAAAAGAUUCAACAAGUGA